CAGGAAAUGUGGGAUCAAGAAAAGAAACACCUUGAGAAAUUCAAUGAAAUUCUUGCUGAGAACAGAGUUCGCCCCACAGCACUGUUACCUUUCUGGAAUAUUGCUGGGUUUGUAUUAGGGGCAUCAUCUGCAUUACUGGGAAAAGAAGGGGCCAUGGCCUGUACUGUGGCAGUGGAAGAGAGUAUCACUGAACACUAUAACAGCCAGAUAAGAACUCUGAUGGAGAAGGACCCAGAGAGAUACACUGAACUCUUACAAGUGAUAAAGGAAUUUAGAGAUGAUGAGAUGGAACAUCAUGAUACAGGACUGGCGCACGAUGCUGAAAAUGUACCUGGAUACUGGCUAUUAAAAAAUGCAAUACAGUUAGGCUGCAAAGCUGCAAUAUAUGUUUCCCAACGUAUCUAACGCUGUUCUUAGAGCAGUUGAAUUGUUUUGUUAUUCUGACUCAAGUUUGUAAAAAUGACUUAAUUUGGACCUGUGUUCUCACUCUGCAUCUUUGUAAAUGUAAAUGAAGCACAACGUACCUGUACCUGAUCGUAUCUGUUAAAAUUUCUGUAAUAAAUGUCAGGCCUUGGUUCUGUUUUCUGAAGGCAAA